AUGAACUGGUUCAUUAAUGGUGAAAUUUUGGAGACCAAGGCUGGUUUGCUUGGUGAUGGUGGCAAGAUGUGGCUCAAAUGCUUGGAGAAAGUUUCAGGGAAUAGUUGCAAGAUCCAUCAUCACUACUACCAGUAUAUUGGUUCCAAGAGAAUUAGAAAAACAUGGUGGAGAAAGCUUUUGGUCGCAUGGAUAGUUGGUUGGAUCGCUGUCUCUUUAUGGAUCUUUUGGUACAUGAGCUCACAAGCUUUUGAGAAGAGGAAAGAAACCCUUGCAAGUAUGUGUGAUGAGAGGGCUAGGAUGCUACAGGAUCAGUUUAAUGUGAGCAUGAACCACGUGCAGGCCAUGUCCAUUUUGAUCUCAACUUUUCACCAUGGCAAAAACCCUUCUGCUAUUGACCAGAGGACUUUUGCAAAGUAUACGGAAAGAACCGCUUUUGAGAGGCCCCUCACAAGUGGUGUGGCAUAUGCUGUAAGGGUACUCCACUCUGAACGGGAACAAUUCGAGAAGCAACAAGGCUGGACAAUUAAGAGGAUGGAUAGCUUUGAACAAAAUCCAGUGCAUAAGGAUGACAAUGCCCCUGAAGCAUUGGAGCCAUCCCCAAUUCAGGAAGAAUAUGCUCCUGUCAUCUUUGCACAGGAUACCGUUGCACAUGUGGUUUCCCUAGAUAUGCUGUCAGGAACAGAAGAUCGUGAAAAUGUAUUACUUGCUAGAGCAUCAGGAAAGGGGGUUCUAACUGCUCCUUUCAGGUUACUCAAAACUAACCGUCUCGGAGUUAUUUUGACUUUUGCUGUCUACAAGACAGAGUUUCCUUCUAAUGCAACUCCCAAUGAGAGGAUUCAAGCAACUGACGGGUACCUUGGAGGAAUCUUUGACAUUGAAUCACUUGUGGAGAAGCUACUUCAACAGCUUGCAAGCAAACAGACUAUCCUAGUGAAUGUGUAUGAUACCACCAAUCUGUCUCACCCUAUCAGCAUGUAUGGUUCAAAUGUAUCAGAUGAUGGGCUGGAACAUGUCAGCCCCCUUAAUUUUGGAGAUCCUUUCAGAAAGCAUGAGAUGCACUGCAGAUUCAAACAAAAACCACCAUGGCCUUGGUUAGCGAUAACAACAUCAAUUGGCAUCCUUGUGAUCGCAUUGCUUAUUGGGCACAUAUUCCAUGCGACUAUAAAUCGAAUUGCUAAAGUUGAAGACGAUUACCAUUGGAUGAUGGAGCUUAAAAAACGAGCCGAGGCAGCUGAUGUUGCAAAAUCUCAGUUUCUUGCUACAGUUUCCCAUGAGAUCAGAACCCCAAUGAAUGGUGUUCUAGGAAUGCUGCAUAUGCUUAUGGACACAGAUCUAGAUGCGACUCAGCAAGACUACGUUAGAACUGCACAAGACAGUGGAAAAGCUCUAGUCUCACUUAUUAAUGAGGUGUUGGAUCAAGCAAAGAUUGAAUCUGGUAAGAUUGAGCUCGAGGCAGUGCAGUUUGAUCUGCGGGCAAUCAUGGAUGAUGUAUUGGCACUCUUUUCUGGCAAGGCUCAUGAGAAGGGAGUUGAGUUGGCAGUUUAUGUGUCUGAUGGUGUUCCUGAAAUGCUAAUUGGUGAUCCAGGGAGGUUUCGGCAAAUUAUUAUCAAUCUCAUGGGAAAUUCAAUUAAAUUUACAAAGAGAGGGCACAUCUUUCUCACUGUUCAUCUUGUUGAGGAGGUGAUGGACUCAAUAGAUGUUGAGACAGAAUCAUCAUCAUGGAACACCUUGAGUGGUUUGCCUGUUGCAGAUAGACGCCGGAGUUGGGCAGGAUUUAAGACUUUCAGUCCAGAGAUCUCGAGUCAUACUCUCUUGCCAUCCUCGUCUGACCUUGUCAAUCUAAUGGUGUCAGUUGAGGAUACAGGAGAAGGGAUCCCUCUAGAAGCCCAAUCUCGUGUUUUUACUCCUUUUAUGCAGGUUGAUCCAUCCAUUUCCCGAAAAUACGGAGGCACAGGCAUUGGCCUAAGCAUAAGCAAGUGUUUGGUUGACCUCAUGAAUGGGGAGAUUGGCUUCGUUAGCAUACCAGAUAUUGGGUCCACCUUCACGUUCACUGCUGAAUUUAGCAGCAGCUGCUCCAAUUCAAAUGACUCCAAGAACCAGAAGCAGAGAAUAAAAAGUCAAUACAACAAAACGCCUUCAGAAUUUCAGGGCAUGACUGCACUAGUUGUUGACCCCAAGCCUGUUAGGGCCAACGUUUCAAGAUAUCAGAUCCAGCGGCUAGGAGUACAUGUUGAAUUGGUUUCUGAUUUAAAUCAGGGUUUGUCUAGCAUAAGCAAUGAAAAUAGAGUUGUCAAGAUGGUCUUUGUCGAACAGGAAGUUUGGGAUAAGGAUUCAAUCAUGUCAGCUCUCUUUGUCAAUAACUUAAAAAAAAUUGAGUCUGGAGUUUCUCCAAAACUAUUCCUUUUGGGAAAUUCUCUCAGUUCUUCCAGAACAAACACUGCGACUUCUGAUGUUUAUACCCUCAGUGUCAUAACCAAGCCCCUCAAGGCAAGUAUGCUGGCUGCAUCUCUACAACGAGCAAUGGGUGAGAAUAAGGGGAAUCCCCGCAAUGGAGAACACCCUAGUUUGUCUCUUCGCAACCUUCUUGAUGGAAGAAAAAUUCUUAUUGUAGAUGACAAUAAAGUGAACCUCAUAGUAGCUGCUGCUGCUUUGAAGAAGUAUGGAGCUGAAGUUGUCUCUGCAGAUAGUGGAGAAGAGGCGAUCAAAUUGCUCAAGUCACCUCACCAAUUUGAUGCCUGCUUCAUGGAUAUCCAAAUGCCAGAAAUGGAUGGGUUUGAAGCUACAAGGAGAAUUCGGGAUAUGGAGUCAAAUGGGCAUAUACCAAUACUGGCAAUGACUGCAGAUGUGAUCCAGGCUACAUACGAGGAAUGCAAAAGAUGUGGAAUGGAUGGAUAUGUUUCCAAGCCAUUUGAAGCUGAACAGCUCUAUCAGGAAGUUUCGCGUUUUUUACAGCCGACUUCCAAUGCGAAUUUAUAG